AUGGCCCCCAAGCGCGUUUCCCACGGCCAGAAGGGCCUCUUCAGCACCAUUUACGAUGAGGCCACCAACCCCGAGAACAACACCAUCGUCCGUAGCCUGAUCGUCUUUGGUGUCGGCGUCGCUUUCCUCCACAGCAGCCUCGGCGAGAUCCUCCUCCCUCCCAUGUAA